AUGCCCAACUACGGCACUAUUGACUCGUCUGCGCAUCUCAAAGUACAGGACGCGAUCAUUGAUGAGUGCGCUAGCUUUUCCUCCUGCCUUCGCGAGGAUACCCAAACGACAGCGGCAUCUCCUAGCGAUGGCAUCACCACCCGCCACCUAAUUGCGCUCUACCUUAGCCACGGCCUCUUCAUGUGGAACAACCGCUGCUACGAGUUUGCCGCCGUUUUGUUCACGGCAUCGGCGUUUCCGCACACCUUGGUCGAAGCAUCGAUCCGGGCUCUGGGUGCACAUUUGGCAUCGUUCAUGUUUGCACCAGUCAUCGGCCGCUGGCUCAGUCGCCACGCUAUAGCACGCUGGCCAGUGCAGGGCUGUAUCGUCGUCCAACGCAUCUCAAUAACAUUGGCCAGCUUCGGAUGGACAUCGCUCAUGCCAAUAUCCGUCGAUGGGGGCAACGAUAAGCAGGUCGAUGGGGUAUGGAAACCGGUAUUGUUAGCGAUCUUGAUCCUCUUAGGCAUGCUGGAAAGGCUGUCAGCAGUGGGAAAUCUCGUGAUUGUGGAGCGCGAAUGGUUACCUUCUCUAUCGACGCUAUACGAGGCUGCACUAGUUCAACAUGAUGGCGCAACCAGGGCUACGCCUACUCAGCACGAAACCCCGUCGAAUCUCCACGUUCUCAACGCAGCGAUGAAACGGAUUGAUCUGGCCACUAAACUCGUUGCACCUCUUGCAGUGAGUCGCUUAGCCAUUCAUACCAACAGCCUACAUGCUACCGGUCUCAUCUUGGCCUUACUACAGCCAUUCUCCGGUGGCGUGGAGUUAUAUCUUACUGAUUUGAUAUGGCGGCAUUAUAUAUGUGACCACACAGUGGGUAACCGCACAAUGGCUUCCCCACUAGCCGGGCAGAGACGUCCCGAGGAGAGUGAGGUUGGCUCGAGCGUGGUUGCCACGAACGAGAGCCGUGGCCUGACUUGGAUCAUCGCUAUCAUGAGCAGUUCAUGCAUUAGCGGUAUUCAAGCGUGGUACAGCAGCUUUGCGUCUUACCUUCGACAUCGCGCGGCUCUCCCGUCUUUGGCAUAUGCUCUAGAGCCACUGUCGGUUUUGACCCUGGCAGGUAGCAUGACAGCCUACCUGCUUGCCGCCAACUUCUCCUUGUCCGAAAUAACCCUCGCAAGAAGCGCCAGCACCGCCAUAGAUAUCGCAUCAACGGUCCUCACGCCUCUCAUGGUAUCUUGCGCAAUGAAUCGAUCCAAAAACAAGGCUGCCGGCGCUCUUCCUGCUUUGGUCAAAGUCGGCGUCAUCGGACUUUCAUGGCAAUUGCUUUGCCUCCUCCCUGUAACCGCCACAUUUAUCGCGUUCCCGUCCCUCGAUGGUUCUGAUACGGAGACCCAUCACCGCCCGAUCAUCGCAAUUAUCUUCGGCGGUCUUGUACUGUCACGUCUUGGACCCUUUGCAUACUCAUUGGUGGAGCAACAGAUUGUUCAGGUCAAAGUUGACCCGUCGGACCGUGUCGCAUUCUCAAGCGUAGAGACGGCACUUUUCGAUAUGGCGGAGCUGGCACGAUGGUGCAUGUUAAUGGUCUUUUCCACGACGCAAAGUUUCCGUUGGGUAGCACUUCUCAGCUUUGCUGCCAUUCUCUGCUCAUGGCUGAUGCUAUUACGAUGGGCCCAGAGACUGAGGUGUCAGGCGUAA